UGUUAAGAUGCACCACUUUCUUUUUAAUCAGGGAUAGUUAGUCAUCAUAAAACGAUGCUAAUUCACCACUUAACAAUAUGGCGUUCCUUCAUUUAACAACUGUCAGACCUAAUCGGCAUAAUCGUGUUUAAGCCGCUUGUUCACAAGCAACAUAGCCUCUAAGCCAAGAUGAAACGCCCCUCUCAGGUCCGCAAGAAGGAUAAGCAAAAAGGAAAGGCAAAUGUCAAGGAGGUCCCAGUGCCGGAGCAGGAGGAGGAAGUUGUUAACCCCAGUCAAGUCAGUCGGCCCCAAUGGACAGAAAUGUUGAGCCAUGCAGAUGAAAUAGUGGGGGACAUAAUGGACGACCUGCAAGGCCUAGUCAUGGAUGGCUGUUAUAAAUCAUACAUUGAAAAACAGCUUGUACCAUACAGUUUGUCCUGGGUCAAGAACUACCUCACUGAGACUGUGGAGUGCCAAAUCUUGUGCCUGGAUCAAGGAGAGGAACCAGAAGAAUUAGCUUCAACAGAAGACCUUGAGCCUUUGUCGACUAUUCCAGAUUGCUGGGCCCAAGGAUGUGUGCCUACAAUCCAUACUGACGUUGGUAGUGACCAAGAGUCAUCACACACAGAGUCAAGUGCCCGAAGGCGAUCUAGGCAUGGUUCCUUAAAAAUCUUGGGUUUUAAGCAUGAUGAAAUGGAAGAGAAGAAGGAUGAAAGUGACCUCACAUCCAAUGUUUCUAGUACUUGUGCCCCAGAAAGCAGUGACUCAAAGAAGCUCAUUCAGGUGAGAAAGCCCCUCAAAGAUACUAGGAGGAAACUACUGCCACCUCUCUCCGGUUCGUCAGAGAAAAAGGAUGUGGAGGUGGAGGUGGAGGUAGAGGGUGAAGACAAAGACAGCGUCGCUUCCAAGACCCCACUGGGAUAUCGCUGCAAAGACCUCCAGCCGAUACCAAAGCUGGAUCCUAAGCGAUUGCCUCGACAUUGCAUUUGCCCAGAGUAUGAGAUUGUCAGUAAUGACUUCGCAAAACCUAGCCCCGGAAAAUCUUGUGUAUUACCCAGACUGGAGCCAAAACCGACUAAGCAGAAAUCUAAAAGGGCAGAGACACCGUCAAAGACCAUCUCCAAAGAACCACCAGAAAGGUUUCACCAAAGACAUUACGACAACAUCCAUCUGCAUAAGCAGGACAAGGAACGGCUUAAACUCUUUGGCCCGCUGAGGCUCGACACGAUGAUUUUGGCCAAAGGUGUUUCUCUCUUGGAUUCUCAAGCUGCUGAAAAUAUUCCUCCCAAAAUGAGCUAUCCUUCGCAGGCUACCAAUCUGAAGCCGAUGCCGAGUGAUGUUGCUGUGCCGAUAUAUUCAGUUGACCAGGUUGCUGCUGGUCCAACACCUCGAGUCACACCAAUAACGCAGACCAAGAACUGUGACACCUGAUUGAAAGACUUGACAUGACUGUCACUGCUUAAAAAGAUGAUCUAGAUCUUAAUGACAAGAAAAAAAGCUCAAUGCAAUGCAAGAAAGUUAUAUUUUGUCCUUUAUGAGAAAGUAGUAAUAAAAGUUUAGUUUUUAAAUCAUACAUUUUAAGUUAUACAUGUAAUCAGAAUUUCCUUUCUCAUUGUCAGCGUUCUAAAAAGAUUUUCUCUGUGUGAAAUAAAGAAAUAAUAAACAACAAA